AUGGAGGAGGAGGACCUAAGUGAAAGAGGAUUGCCGCAAAUUGCUUCAAUCAUGAAUAGAGUUAGAGACUUGAAAAAUAAAUACAGAAAUGAAGACAAUAUCACAGAUGAACUCAACUAUACUAAAAUCUCAUCUGAUACAACAGAUAACUCUGGAACUGUUAAUCAAAUAAUGAUGACAACAAAUAAUCCGGAGGAUUGGCUGUGUUUUUUGCUCAGGCUAGAGAAAAAGGGUAUUCCUCAGAUGGAUGUUAGCCUACUGAACAGGCUCAUUGGUCGUUACAGUCAAGCAGUGACUGCGUUACCUGCAGAAAAGCAUAGUCAAGAUGAGAGCUAUGCUCGCAUCCUUGUGAGAUUUGCUGAGUUGAAAGCUCUUCAAGAUCCAGAGGAGGCACGGGACCAAUUUCAUCUAGCCAGACUGAACUGCAAGAAAUUUGCUUUUGUGCAUGUGGCUUUUGCGCAGUUUGAACUAUCACAAGGAAAUGUGAAGAAGUGUAAGCAGCUCCUUCAGAAAGCUGUGGAGUGCUCUGCUGUUCCACUAGAAAUGCUGGAAACUGCUCUACGAAACUUUAAUUCCCAAAAAAAGCAGUUGCUUUCAGAUGAGGAGAAAGAGAACUUACUAGUAUCGAGUACACAAGAGUCUGGACUUCAGAGCAUAGCUGGAAAUCACAGAGGCAUAAAAAGGAAUGACUCUGGUGAAAAUUCUUCUUCUGUUACCAGACUUUUUCUUGGAGAGGAGAAGUCACAGGAACUUGAUGCUCUAGUUAAUUACCAGAAUCCAUUAAGACCACUAAACAAAUCUAACCAGGCCUGCCCCUUUGGGAGGGUUCCUGUUAAACUAGUAGCUGAUGCUGGUGAUGAUGUGAAGAUGACUGAUAUCCCCCUUACAGCUAGUGUUUUGAAGAGGCAAAUAUCCAGCUCCAAAUGUACAGCCUUCAUUGCACCUUUUCCACCAUCAGAACCAAAAUCUGGUGGGGGUGAUUCAUAUGACCUGGGAGACUUACAGUCCUUACAAGAAAAAAAUUAUUUCCAAUUGCAGCUGUUGGAUGAGAACAGCUUAGAAACAGCUACCAAUUCAAGCAUAACUCUCAAAACCAAAAUGGAUACAAGUCUUACGAUGAAAAGAGAAG